CAGAAGGCAGCUGCAAGAUUAGCCACCGAUUCCACCCCGAUCCCCCCUUUCGUUCUGUUCUUGAUCGGAUGGCAGCCAUGGACGGCGGCGACAACGACGGCGGCGGGAUCCUGACCUUCGAGAAGCUGGAGAGGUACGCGAUCUGGGUUGGCGGGAGCGUGGCCGCGGCAUUCUUUACCUCCAUGGAGCGGUGCUCCUGCAUCCACCUUCACACCGUGGACGACGACGGCGACGAUGACCCCGAGGAGGCCAAGGACCGCCCCCUCAUGCUGUCCCGCCCCCAGGCCCUCCCCGAGUACUACUACGACCGAUCCGGGUCCUCCGCGUCCUUCGCCAAGAUGUGA